CACAGCAUUUGUCACAUUGUGCCUUUCGGUUUGGACAACCAAAACAUGAUUAUACUCUAUGCUCUCCAUGAUUACACUCAUGUGUAGCACUUUCAUCGAUUCUUAGAACUGAGGGUAAAUUACUACUUGGCUCAUAAAAAUGGCAGCUCAUGUAAUGGUUGUUCCUUAUCCAGGUCAAGGGCUCCUUAACCCCAUGAUGCAACUUGCAAGAAGGCUGGCCUCUAAUGGAAUUACUGUAAGUUUUGUGGUGACAGAGUCAUGGCACAAAAUUAUUUCAGGCGCAGAGGGCGAUGCUUUCACAAGCGCUCGGAAGCAGGGCCUCCCCCUCAGCCCCGCUAUCAUACCCGACUGUGUGGCGCCUGAGUCAGAAAGGUCGGCUAAUUUGAUGGCCUUUUUUCUCUCACUUGCUAAUAUGGAAGCUCAUGUCAGUCAACUCAUAACCAAGCUCGCUCGUUCAGAAAAUCCCCCCGUUUGCAUGGUAGCUGAUACCUUUCUCAGGUGGGCGGUGCCUCUUGCUAAGAAACAUGCUCUGAAAUCCGUUUCAUUGUGGACAGAGUCUGUAACCCGCUUUUCCAUUUUCUAUCAUUCAGAUUUGGUAGUUGGGGUGGAAGGAUGCAUAGACAAUAUUCCAGGGGUUCCUCCGUUACAACAUACAGACCUUCCCUCCCCAUUUGUCACUCCUCUGAGAGUAGAAUUUUUGAGGUGUUUUGAUACUGUGAAAGAAGCAGAUUGGAUUGUUGCCAAUUCCAUGUACCCUCUGGAUUGCAAGGCAGUGGAAGCCUUGUUUCCCAAAAUCCGUGUGCAUUGCGUUGGCUCCUUAUUGCCUUGUGCUUACCUUGAGCAAUCUGACAACCAAGAUAGGAAGAUGGGAACAAGUUCCCGGAUCGAAACUGACUGCAAACUCUGGCUGGAUUGCAAACCUGCGCAGUCAGUCAUCUAUGUUUCAUUUGGCAGCCAUGUUUCUGUUUCCAGGCCUCAGUUAGCAGAGAUAGCAGCUGGCCUUAUGCAGAGUGGGUACCAUUUUGUUUGGGCUCUUCGUCCAGAUAAAGAUGCAUCUGAUGUCUCAGAGAUGUUGCCUCCUGGAUUUUUGGAUGAAACUAAAGAGCAGGGUCUUGUUGCACCCUGGUUUAGCCAGGUGGAGGUUCUUUCACAUCCUUCGGUGGGAGGGUUUUUGAGCCACUGUGGAUGGAAUGCCAUUAUGGAGAGUGUUUCAUCUGGUAUUCCCAUUUUGGGAUUUCCUAUUGGGCUGGAUCAGUUCACCAACUGCAAACUCAUUGCCGACGAAUGGAAUUUUGGGUUACAGUUGAGGAGAGGAGAUGAUGGAAACAGGGUUAUAAGCGCACAAGAAAUAACAAAGAAGAUAAAAUUGUUAAUGGAGGGGGAGGAGAGUGUAAGAGUAAGAAGGGCAGCAGAGAGAUUUAGAGAUGCAGCCAAGGAGGAAGUAAGCAAAGGAGGAAGAUCUGCCAAUAAUUUAGAAGCCCUUGUGAAUAGUUUGAAGCAAACUAAAGUAGUGUCCAGUCGAAAUAUCAUUUAUUAAUUUUUGUGUUAGUCCUGCAUGCGGCAUGACUCUAGUUUUCAUUAAGUGAUAUCAAUUUGCCUUGUAAAUUGCGCACAAGUAAAUAUUGAAUUUGUUUGUUAUUAUAGUUUUAGAUUUUCAACCA